UUCUUCUUCUAAUUUCCCCCCUUGAGAAUACACAGUUCCAAGAAUUCUCCCAGUAAAAAGCACCGGUCUCUCUCUCUCUCUCUCUCUCUCUCUCUCUCUCAUGGCCAAAUCCUCAAAGCAAAUUGUAUCAGGUUUCCAAAGGCUUUAUCUCCACCGAAUCCCAUCAAAACCCAAUCCCCCAAUCCCUAAUCCAAGCCCUCUCUAUAGGAGAGCUUACUCCACUGAAUUCCUCCCAAAACCCACCUCUCAAAAUGGCAUCUUUUCUCGAAUCCUCUCCCAAAACCACAAAUUUUCAACCCCAAAACCCUUUUCCCCAUCUGGGUUUUCCAAUUCAAGGCAGCUAGUUUCAAUUAGAAACUUCACUGCUGGGUCUGGGAAAUCAAUAGUUAAGGAUCCUCUAUCAAAGAUCAAAACUGGAAUUUUGCAGUACAGGGAGGCCCUAGGGCUGCAGGUUGAGUCAUUUUGGAAGAGGAAUUACUUGGUUCUUGUAGGUGCUGGGGGUGUUGUUGUCUGCAUUGCUUUAUGGAGGGUGAUGUUUGGGGUUGCCAGCACUUUUGUGGGGCUUUCGGAGGGAAUGGCAAAGUAUGGGUUUCUUGCUUUGGCCGCCGCCAUGGUUUCGUUUGGUGGCAUGUACAUUAGGUCAAGGUUGUCCAUCAAUCCUGAUAAGAUAUAUCGGAUUGCGAUGAGAAAGUUGAACACAUCUGCUGGAAUUCUUGAGGUAAUGGGUGCCCCUCUAACUGGGACAGAUUUGAGAGCAUAUGUGAUGUCAGGAGGUGGACCAAAACUAAAGAAUUUCAAGUUCAAGCUUGGUGGAAAGCGCUGUUUUCUCAUAUUUCCCAUUCGUGGAUCUGAAAGGAAGGGCCUUGUGAGCGUUGAGGCCAAGAAGAAAAAAGGCCAGUAUGAUAUCAAGUUGCUUGCAGUUGAUAUACCAAUGUUGCAAGGCCCUGAUCAGAGGAUUUUCAUAAUCGGGGACGAGGAAGAGUACAAAAUUGGUGGGGGCUUGAUCUCUGAAUUAAGAGAUCCCAUAGUAAAAGCAAUGGCUGCUGAAAAAGAAUUUGAGGAUCUCGAUCAAAAGGAGGAAGAGGAAGAUGAAGAAAGAGAGCGCGAGGAGGCAGAGAGAAAGCACCAACAAGAGAGAGAGGAAGCAAUUGGAGAAGAGAAAGAAGUCAGCAUGAGCUUAGGAACCUGGAGGAGGAAAAUUAUGAAAUGGUGAUUCACAUCUUUUCCAUAGUUUUUGACAAA